AAGGUAGAUUCAGUUGUGACCAUUUCACAAAACUAGGUAACAAUAAAAACAAAAGAUACAAACAAAAAAACAACGUUGUUUUGUGUUAUGUUCUGCCGUAUCAUAUCAGCAUUUUACAUUCCAAACAAAAUCUCUUCCUUCCUUAACAUUCCAUAAACCAUAUAUUGGUCGGCAAAGUUUCUUCUUUUCUCAUUGUCCAAUCUUUCCUUUUCAUUCUCAACAAAUGGGUCUCUGGGAUUCUCUUCUCAAUUGGCUCCGCAGCUUAUUUUUUAAACAAGAGAUGGAGCUUUCUCUUGUUGGUCUUCAGAAUGCUGGCAAAACUUCUCUUGUCAAUUCAAUUGCUACAGGAGGAUACAGUGAGGAUAUGAUUCCAACUGUUGGGUUUAACAUGCGAAAAGUUACAAAGGGAAAUGUCACGAUAAAGCUUUGGGAUCUUGGUGGACAAAGGAGGUUCAGAACAAUGUGGGAGCGUUACUGUCGUGGUGUCUCUGCUAUUGUGUAUGUUGUAGAUGCUGCCGAUAGAGACAGUGUUCCAAUAACACGAAGCGAAUUAACUGAACUCCUAACAAAACCUUCCUUGAAUGGGAUUCCUUUGCUUGUUCUAGGAAACAAAAUUGACAAGUCAGAAGCUCUUUCCAAGCAAGCAUUGGUAGAUCAACUAGGACUUGAGUCGAUCAAAGAUAGAGAGGUCUGUUGCUAUAUGAUCUCAUGCAAGGAUUCUGUAAACAUAGACGUGGUUAUCGACUGGCUUAUCAAACACUCGAAAACUGCGAACUGAUUGCGUUGAUGAAAUGCCUUCCCAGUGUAAUGCAUAUACCUUAAUUUUAGCUGUGGAUCAAGUAUGUGUGUGUUGUGUGUACAGUAAUCAAACUUAGUCAAAUCUUCCAUGCAAUGUUCUUGAGUAAACUUGUUACUUGAUAUUGUACCAAGUUUUUUAUUGUUUCUGUUUAUAACU